CGGAGAUGCGACUAAUAAAAUGAUAAUUUAUGUACAUUUCAUCCAAAUGUUUGGUUUCAUUAACGUUAUUAUAUACCUACGUUAUUUUUCAGUAGUGGUAGGUACUCGCUAUGGCAUUGGGACAUAACAUUAAAACAUGGGCAAUAAGAAAUAACUAAUAAAUGAUUACGUUCUAAGCAUUUCAAGAAGAACCGGUGAAAAUUUUAAAUUGAAAGAUACUGGAUCAUGAUGAAUCUAAAUUGCAAAAACUUUUUUUAAGAAACAGUUGCGUUUUUAACUCAUUUAAUCAAGCCAAUGACACACACUGAAUAUAAAAUAAAAAUAUAAGUUCUAUUAAAAAAUAUAAUAUGUCAUUCUGUCAUACUCAACAACUCAAAACCAAACCAAAAUUAGCAAAAGACACAUUAAGCAACAAGUAUAAUAUAUUAAACAAAAUACAACCUAAAUCAAUCAAAUACAACACACCAUAUUUAUUUAGCCAUGUCUUCAAAAGUAAAAGUCCUGUACCAGCACACGACUUCUUCAUCAUCGGAAGAGCCGCCCAUGGACGAAUGGUCAUCCCUGAUCAUAGCGCGAGCUACUGACAACCCUAAAAGAGCGCUUUACGAAGAGGGUCUGUACGACCCUGGCAGCGGAGAGAUAUGCACCAAGUACGUAAGCCUCUCAGCCAGCUCGGUUCUGCGACAUGCUUAUUAUAAUUACCCGGGUAUUACAGAUCCGGGAAUUGUUAAUGCCUUAUUGAAACCAGAACCGCUAAAAAUUUACGACUACGAUGGUCAAGAGCUGUAUUUGGAUUUAUGCGAUCAGAUGAACGUGUGUCCGGUGAGGGAUUUCUACAGGGGAUUGGUCAAGGAGGCCAUUGAUUUGAAGUAUUACGCGGUAAAUCCGAGAGGCGUGAGGGCAAUGGCGAUGGCUCUGAGCAAUAACAAGUACGUGAAGAGAUUGGACCUCACCGGCAGCUUCUUGAACUUGGACGCGUGCUAUCACCUAGGCCAGUUGCUGGGCGAGAGUUUCGCCUUGCAGGAGCUGGUUUUGUGCAGUUGCAAAUUACAACCAGCAGGCCUAAGGAGCCUCGUUGUCAUGCUGUCCAAGCGCUCAAUGGAACUCCUCGACUUAUCCAGGAAUGAUAUUACAGACAAGGGCCUUAUGUUUCUCACCAGACAGAUAAGAAGAGGAGCUGUUAUUAAACGGCUAAGCCUAAGUUACAAUGAUUUGGGCGCCGAUGGAGCCGUGGCCCUCGCUGAAGCGUACGCGAUCAACAACAAGGCGACGCAUUUUGAUAUCUCAUGGAAUAAAAUAUUUCCACCGAGAGGUGCAAAUCUGUUGAUAAGGACCCUGGGUGACAAUAAGGCCCUAAGGGAGGUGAACUUAUCUUGGAACGGGCUCACCGUUGGAAUUCCUCUGAGGAAACUGCUCACUGUGACUACGCUGAAAAUAUUGGACUUGAGUAACAAUAAAUUGUCAACCGAUGCAGCUAAUGCCAUCGCCCUAAGACUACCGAACGCCACUGGCCUGAAAACAUUGGACUUAUCCAACAAUCCUUUCCGACCGGCUGAUGCUUUGAUCGUACUCCUCACUUUGAAGCAGAGUGAAGUUAAACUUCGGAAGCUAUUGAUGGACAAUAUUGUAGUCAAUAGGGCUUUUAUUGCAGAAAAGGAAGAAAUAUUAAACCUACCUUUUCGUGCUAAAACUCGCAUAACCCACGGCCCCGUGACCAAAAACUACACCCUCAGUGUGCCCGACAUGAGGCUCAUUGUGAUGAAGAGGAUUGACUUUUUGACUUCGAGAGCUACUAAGAAGUGCAAACUCGAUAUUGCACUGUAUUUCUUGAGGGCGCGGAAAACUAACGAUGGACCAGACAUGAUGACCCGAGAAUUGUAUAAAAGUUUGAUGUAUGCGGGCGCUCCAAUGGAAAUGGGCCUAAUUGAGGAGAUGGCCAAUGUAUUCCCAGGAAAGCCUGGCGAUAAAGGUGCUAAGACUAUUAACCUCCCCAGUGUGGUGGAGUACGUGCGCAGAAUGUGGCCUGAUAAACAAUUGCCGCAGGAGCCGCCGCCGCCGCCGCCCACCAAGGGUGGUAAGAAGGGCAAGAAAAAGAGAUAACUUGAAUAACACUCGUUUUGACUUAUUUAUUGGGGUGUGGUAAGCAACAUAGAUCCUUAUUGUCAUUGUUUUUAUAUUUUUAAAGAUUUUUGUCUAUGUUCAUCAUAAUAAAAUACUGGCCGAUAUUACGAAUAGACCUAAUUUCAGCCAAAGCUCAUAAGAGAAAUCCAUUUAUAUCUCCCAGCGUAAUUUAAGAAGAUAAUGCCGCCGUGUUCUCAUUGAAGCCCAAUUUAGUUGCCUUCACUGAGAUAUUCAGAAUAAUCCCCUUGUUAUCUUAAGUCGUCUGGUUCAUGCAAUUUACUAGAAAUAUUUAAUUCACUUUGUGAAAACUUUGCGCGUAAACUUUUGUUGCCGCUCUAGCUUUAACUAAUUUUAUAAGACGUUACGUUUUUAAGAUUGAUUAUUGUGUUUUAUAUUGUGAACGUAGUUCCAGAUAAUUUUAGAGUAAUUUAAGUCGAAGUUUAUAUUUUGUAGUAAAUAAAGUUGGUAUAGUAAA